UUACUAGAAUAUAUUAUUGAACUAUUGUCCCAGGUAAGCAAGCCGUUUUAACUUGCACCAAGUAGAUUGACAACUCUAUGCCAUUUGCGAGACUCGAAAAUACAAAAGGGUAUGUCGAGAUUUUCGCAAAAACUCUGGCUAGACUCAGGUUGUACAAAGUACACCUCAAACUGGUAAAAGUUUGGAAGUUGAAGAAGAUCUGGAUUGUUUAUGUUCCAUUUACGGAGCUAACGCGGUUGCAAAAGCGCAGUUGCAAAAGACAAUAAAGCCGGAAGAUUGAAAAUAUAGUCGUGUCGUUUGACGAAACUUUGUUUGUUAUGGACACCAUAGUCAAAGUUAGAUCGGAUAACGGGUUCAGCUAUCUGAUGCAUACAAGUUGGCCGAGUCAAAGAACUAAACCUUGGAAGCUUUGGCAUUGAGUUACGUUCAAAGUGUAUCGGCCUUAAGGAUUUUGAAGGAAUUCCAAAGGUCACUAAGAUUAUCCCUAUCCCAUCCGAAUCUACCGAGGAAAUGGUUGACAAGAGCUUUGGCAGUCCCGUCCAAAUACCAAGAGAAGAUUUUGAAGCUCUUCAUAAGACCCUCAAGGAACGCCCUAUUUCCAGCAAUCUACUUCAAGUAUCCGGUUUCAACAGAUCUAAAUUAUAUUGUAAAUUUGUUUCAUUAGCGUUAAAACAUAUCCAAACAUUGUAUAAAAGGACUGGGAUCUUGUUUGAGCUACAACUCAUGUGUCCUACAUACCUCUGACAAAUUUGCGGUACUUGAACAUCCAAAACUUUCCAAAGUUGCGUCUUCUUCCUCGUUAAACACAGUUCUGACCCAUGCAUCACCAAAGUUGAAGAGGUGAGUAGUCUUUGUAGCGCUUUACCGUACCAUAAGCAGCCAAAGAAAAGUGAUCAGCUGGUAGAAUUACCAUAUAUGUCUUUUUUCAUUUACAACAUACGAUGUUUUAAUAGAGCCAAUUGAGAUAGGAUGAAGUUCUAAAAUUGUCACUCACUUCUGUGAUAUUCUUUUACGAUGACAAUUGAAGUUUCACGGUGACCCGGAGGUGUAUUGUAGAACCCUCUUAUUUCAAAGCAAGUAACACCUGUCACAUGACAUGAAUGGUACAACUUGCUGUUGGAACUAGGCUAACAUCGCUGGCAAUGGCAGCUAUGACCGUUCAAGCCUGUUUGAAUUCACCGAAUGCCCUCAAUACUGUUGCGGCUUUGUACAGCAUCAAAAAUAAACAAACGCCCGUCAAAAUGCCACUUUUGCCUUUCCUGGAUACCCAAAACAACUUUCCAGAACUAUUCUUUAUAGCCACUGAAGAGGCUUUUGCACAUAUUCCGGACAUAAUGCAGCUCUUAAGAACUCUAUAAUCUUUUAUCACCAAUCAUCAAUAA